AUGGAGCCUGCGAUCAUGUAUGGAAAUGGCCAUUACCCCGCUUAUUCUGACACCAAACUUGUGUUUGAGUUGAGUUGUAGCUUGCUCAAUGCUGAUAGAUACAUCAGCGCUGUUGUUGUUGUUGUGGCUUCAGCAAGCUCUACAUCUGAAGAGUCCGACUACAUUGACUCAUUUGGAAGUCAAUGUCUUUCUGUAUUUAGGUUGAAUCUGAUGAUGAUGAUCACGACGAGCCAUGGCCUCCCAAGCUUUGAGAAAGACACUGAGCGAAGCCCCAUCCAGGAGCAUGUGUGA